AGUUCCAUCAUGAAUUUAUAUCUGUGCCUAUUAGCCCUAACUUGGAGUGCAUGCUUGGCAGCUCCAGGCCUAGAUCCUUCUUUGGAUGAUCACUGGCAGAUGUGGAAGACAUGGCAUAAGAAAGAAUACCAUGAGAAGGAGGAAGGAUGGAGGAGACUGGUCUGGGAGAAGAACCUAAAAAUGAUUGAAUUGCACAACCUUGACCACAGCAUGGGAAAACACAGCUAUAGACUGGGAAUGAAUCAUUUUGGAGAUAUGACUAAUGAGGAGUUCAGGCAGGUGAUGAAUGGAUUCAAAUACAACAAAUCAACAAAGAAUAUUGGGUCACAAUUUAUUGAACCAAACUUCUUUGAGGCACCAAGAUCUGUUGACUGGAGAGAGAAGGGGUAUGUAACUCCCGUAAAGGAUCAGGGAUCAUGUGGCUCUUGCUGGGCUUUCAGUACAACUGGAGCUCUUGAAGGACAGCACUUCCGCAAAACUGGCAACUUGGUUUCUCUGAGUGAACAAAACCUUGUGGACUGCUCUCGGCCUGAAGGAAAUGAGGGAUGUAAUGGGGGCCUUAUGGAUCACGCUUUCCAGUACAUUAAAGACAAUGGAGGCAUUGACUCAGAGCAGUCAUACCCGUACAUUGCAAAGGAUGAUGAAGAAUGUAUGUAUAAGGCUGAAUACAGUGCUGCCAAUGACACUGGUUAUGUUGACAUCCCAGAAGGGCAUGAACGGGCCCUCAUGAAGGCAGUAGCUGCUGUGGGGCCAGUCUCUGUGGCUAUUGAUGCUGGUCACUCCUCUUUCCAAUUUUAUGAAUCGGGUAUUUAUUAUGAACCACAAUGCAGUAGUGAAGACCUAGAUCAUGGUGUUCUUGUAGUUGGUUAUGGCUUCCAGGGUGCAGAUGAAGAUGGGAAGAAGUACUGGAUUGUUAAAAACAGCUGGAGUGAAAAGUGGGGUGACAAAGGAUAUAUCUACAUGGCCAAAGACAGAAAAAACCACUGUGGGAUAGCUACCGCAGCUAGCUAUCCUCUAAUAUAAUUAUGCAGAAGAAGGAGCUGCUGGAACACCCACUGUGAUUAUCCCUCUGCUGGUCCAAUCUGGUGGAAGAGGAAAUACCAGAACAACCUUUUUAGUUUGCUGGGGUUUGACCAGAUUUACAGCUCUCCAGUGUUCCAGAAGCAGGGUGAUUUUUCAACUGACUUACACACAUGCUGGAAAUAACAUGUGGCUGUAUCUGUUUCUUCCAAAAUAUGAAUCUGUGAUUUUUUUUUACCUUGAACUCUGAAGUUGACUUGAUGCCUGUGUUUUAACUUAAUGUGUUAUGUACACACUAGUGUAGACUAGCUGAAAGAUACUUUUUAUUUUGUUUAUUAAUGGCAAACUUGCACAUUGAAAAGGAUUGCUUUUAAAAAAAUAAACACUAGACAUUUCAAUAGCCA